AUAGUGGUGAAAAAUGUCUGUAAAUAAAAUAAAUACUCAGACUAUUUAUGAAGCUGGAGCUUGAAAAGCUGCUCGUUUUUCCUAGCUUCUUCUUUUUUCCUUCCCUCCGCUCCCUAACAUGCACAUCACCUCCUCCAUUGGUCUGCUCCUCGCAGCCUUGGCAACUGCGUCUCUCGCCUCUCCAGUAAAUCAUAAUGCUGCUGCCGACAACGGACUCGUGCGCGUUCCCAUCAUCCGUAAACCGCGUAAAACCGAUAUGCUCACAGCACGACAACGCCGAAGCAACACUCUCAAUAAACGAGAUCCGUUUCAGACUUCGCUUUACAACGACGAAGGUUCACAAUAUCUCAUUCAAGUCGGCGUUGGUACACCCCCGCAGAAUUUUACGGUGACACUUGAUACGGGAAGUGCGGAUUUGUGGGUCCCUUCAACGGAGUGUCCUAGCAAAACUUGCCCCUUUACCAAUUUUGACGCAAGCAAGUCAUCCACUUUCAAAUCGCUGGAUCAACCAUUCGGCAUUACCUACGGUAUUGGCAAUGUCAACGGUACCUAUGCUACCGAUACAGUUACCGUCGCCGGCGCUACGGUACCCGAUCAGCAGUUUGGAUUGGCGAGUACGACCAGCGACAUCCUCACUGUGCAAGGGGCUCAAGGUGGUGAAACCGACGAUAGCGAGGUGCAAGCGAAUGGUAUCCUCGGUCUUGGCUAUCCCCAGUUGACGGCCGGGGUCACUCGCGGUGAAGCCCCGUACAACCCGUUCGUAUUCAACCUUAUGGAUAAGAACAUUAUUGCCAAUCCUGUCUUUUCGGUGUACAUGAACCGUGCUAGCGAAGAAGGAUGGGCAGGAGAAGUGAUCUUUGGAGGCGUCGACGAUACGAAAUAUACGGGCAAUCUCACCUAUCUUCCUGUGGCUUCGCUUGUGCCAUCGCAUCGCUCUCGCCGAGAUGGUCGAUCCAAUACCAAUGGUUACUUUUACUGGAUGGUUCACGGUCAAGGAUUUGCUUUGAAGGGCGGUGACAAGGUCAAAGAUAUGUCAUUCCCACUGCGAGAUAUUGGAGCAUUUAUUUUGGAUACCGGCACCACGUUGACUUAUCUGCCCAUGGAUAUGGCCAACCAAAUUCUUGAAGCCUUGGUCGGUCGUCGAGGCUUCGCGUUGGACCGCCAAUCGGGCACUUACGUCGUCGAUUGUAAAGCUGCUUCUACUGGAAGUUCAUUCCAACUUUUCAUGUCUCCUACUGGUAAAGUGACCAACAAUCCCGUGACAUUGUCCGUACCUAUUGCCGAUAUGGUGAUUCCUCUUGAUGCCGACACACCUGAAGAGGCUCGCGCCUGUAUGUUUGGUAUUGCACCUACCGCACCCUCGGGUGGCCAAUCCCAAGGUUCCGAAAUGAUCCUUAUUGGUGACUCCGUUUUACGAAGCUCUUAUCUUGUAUUUGACAUGGGUAAAAACCGGGUCGGUAUUGCUGCUGCCAAAGGAUCAGGUGGAAGCGUCGAUGGCAACCAGGCAACUGCAGAAGCCGAUACCUCUCAGCCGCCCACCGGUUCCGCGGUCUCCCUUACUCCUGCCGGCUACACUACCCUCUCCGCCCUUUGUAUUUUAUCAAGCAUUCUGUGGACAGCUCUUUAAACCAAGAGACAUUAUAAGAUAUUUCCUUUCCUUCUGUAUUAUACGCAUUAUUUGUUGCUUUACUUGUUUUUAAAUAUCUCUAGUUGAUUUUUCUGCUUUUGCUUUCUGCGUUUUUAUUUACUGUUUCCUUUUUCUGUUUCAAAUUACUCUUUAUGAUAAUCACGACAAACACUACGUUAUUUAGCUACAAAACUGCAUUCGCCGGUAAAAGGAUUUAAUUUUGUUCUCGUUAUUUGCAAACCUUAAAACUUGUCACAGAACCUAAGCCAUGCGUCAUUGAGUAAUGAUCAGCAUGUUUGUCUUUUUUUGGUCACUUUGCCAAAUUGAGAAAUAGACUACUUUGGCGAUGAUCUCGUUGCCAGCGUUCUGUUUUUUAAAAAUAGUUUUU